AUGGUAAUUGAAAAGGCAAUUUUCGCAUGCGGUUGCUUCUGGGGUGUCCAAUAUCUCUUCAGCAAGUUCAAGGGAGUUAAACACUCCGUUGUAGGCUAUAUUGGCGGGCAUAAAGAGAAUCCAAAAUAUCCAGAAGUUAAGGCUCAUACAACUGGACAUGCCGAGGCCAUCCUCGUUGAAUAUGACUCAGAAGAAGUUACUUAUGAAGAACUUUGCAAGUUCUUUUUCGAGAUUCAUGAUCCAGCUCAAACUGAUGGUCAAGGACCAGACAUCGGUCCUCAAUACCGCAGUGAGAUCUUUUACAUUGGCGAAAGCCAGAAGGAAACUGCUCUUAAAGUUAUUGAGCUUUUGAAAUCCAAAGGUUUUGAAGUCAAUACUAAAGUUACAGAAGCUACAAAGUUCUGGGAUGCCGAAGAUUACCACCAGAACUAUUAUGAUAAGAAUGGAGAAGAACCAUAUUGCCAUAGAAGAGUGAAGAAAUUUUAA